GCUUUAAUGUCGACUCUUAAUGCGGAUAAUCGGGCUCACAUUUCGGCUAAAGUUCUUUUCAGCCUGUACACGUAAUUGAUUCAAACAGUGUAAUCUAUUUACAUAAUGUUAGGUGUCAACUUGUUUUGGGCUGGCCUUUAAAGUUAAAGUUAAAGUACUAAUGAUAGUCACACACACACUAAAUGUGGAGAAAUUAUUCUCCGCAUUUGACCCAUCACACUUGAUCACCCCCUGGGAGAUCUCCCAACUUCCACCAGCCAACAAUAGAAGGUGCCAUGGCCACAGUCCAGUGUGUGCUGCUCCUUGUUCUCCACAUUUUGCUCAUCUCAGAGUUCAUCCUGGCCAAAAAGGACUACUAUGACAUCCUGGGGGUGCCGAAGGACGCCUCGGAGCGCCAGAUCAAGAAGGCCUUCCAUAAGCUGGCCUUAAAGUACCACCCCGACCGAAACAAGGGCCCGGACGCGGAGGCCAGGUUCAGAGAAAUAGCGGAGGCGUACGAGACGUUAUCGGACGACAAGAGGCGGCGAGAGUACGAUCAAUUCGGCCACGGCCCGCCACCAGGAGCGGGACACGGCGGCGGCGGCAACUACAACUUCCGACGACACUACCAGUCGUUCAACUUUGACGACAUCUUCAAAGACUUCGACGUCUUCGGUCAGCAACAACAGCACUUUCACUCCCACCCCCAUCAUCAAGCCCACCAGAAGAGAUUCUUCCGCGAGGCCUCCGCCGGGCACAGGCCGCCGCAGCAGAAGAGGCCCUUCGGAGGCGGACUGUUCGACGACAUGUUCGAGGACUUGGAGAAAAUGUUCUCCUUCAACGCGCACAGGACUGAGAGCAGGUUCCAGGGCUCGGCCAAGCAGCACUGCCGAACGGUGACGCAGCGCAAGGGCAACAUGGUGACCACCUUCACGGACUGCUCCUGAGGCGGAAAUAAAGCGCUCCCCGCGACAGAGACGAUGCUUUUGAAAAUUGAAUGCUAAUUUAUCACUUGCGUGUAUGGAGUUGAUACUCCAGGAACAAAGAAAGUGGGCAACCUUUCAAAUGAUCUCAGGAAUUGGCAUAAGCUCCUUUGCAUAGUCUCCACACAGCGUGAACAACAUUUUGCAUAACAAGCACUUGCAUGGCAAGGCUUUUUUUCAUGUCAAAGACACAAACAGAAAACCUCAUGCUCAUCGGUGAAGCUGACCUAUUAUGUGCAAUACUCAGCACCUUCAUGUUGCCUAUUAUUCAUAGACGGAAUAUCACGGUCUAAUGUCUGCACUUUGUGUGUGUGUGUGUGUGUGUGUGAUGAUUGUUAGGAUGAUGUGUGAACAUGAAUUAAAAGAUUACACUUGCACAGGCC